CCCCGGGGCGGGGCCGCGCUGCGCGGGGCCGUUUGGCUCCUGUCGGCCGCCGUUCGCCGCUCGCCGCCCGCCCCCCGCCGCCCUCCCGCCAUAUUGUGGCCGCCGCCGGGAGCCGCCGCCUCAGGAGCCGCGAUGGAAACCAUGGCGAGUCCUGGAAAGGAUAACUAUCGAAUGAAGAGUUACAAGAACAAAGCCCUAAAUCCUGAGGAAAUGCGUCGGAGAAGAGAAGAGGAAGGAAUUCAACUGCGCAAACAGAAACGAGAGCAACAGGUAACUCUCAUCUUGACUAGCUUGUGUACAGCCUUAACGCAACCAAGAUUGUGCUGCUGCCAAAUGGGAAUCUUCAAGGAUCUGUGCAUUAAGCUCUUUAAAAGAAGAAAUGUGGAACUGAUCAAUGAAGAUGCCUCCAUGUUUGAUAGCCUCCUCGUGGAUUCCUAUGUUAGUUCUACAACAUGUGGGGAAGGAGUGAUCACAAGAGAGAUGGUAGAGAUGCUUUUUUCAGAUGACCCUGACCUACAGCUAGCAACCACACAGAAAUUCAGGAAGCUACUUUCCAAAGAGCCAAAUCCUCCAAUAGAUGAAGUGAUAAACACUCAAGGAGUGGUGGACAGAUUUGUUGAAUUCCUGAAAAGAAGUGAAAAUUGCACGCUACAGUUUGAAGCAGCGUGGGCACUGACGAAUAUUGCAUCGGGAACUUCCCAACAAACAAAAAUAGUAAUUGAGGCCGGGGCAGUUCCUAUCUUUAUAGAGCUGUUAAACUCUGACUUUGAGGAUGUUCAAGAACAGGCUGUCUGGGCAUUGGGGAACAUUGCUGGAGACAGCUCUGUGUGUAGAGAUUAUGUCCUUAACUGCGCUAUUCUUCCUCCCUUGUUAAUGCUCCUUACAAAGUCCACCAGGUUGACAAUGACACGAAAUGCUGUCUGGGCCUUGUCGAACUUAUGCAGAGGAAAGAGUCCACCACCUGAAUUUGAUAAGGUAUCUCCCUGCCUGCCAGUGUUGUCCCGACUAUUAUUCAACAGUGACUCUGACUUGCUGGCAGAUGCAUGCUGGGCUCUUUCCUAUUUAUCAGAUGGCCCCAAUGAGAAAAUUCAAGCAGUUAUUGACUCGGGGGUGUGUCGGCGACUGGUGGAGCUGUUAAUGCACAAUGACUACAAAGUGGCCUCCCCAGCUUUGCGAGCGGUUGGCAACAUCGUGACAGGAGAUGACAUCCAGACCCAGGUGAUUUUGAACUGUUCAGCCUUGCCAUGUCUCCUUCAUUUAUUAAGUAGUCCUAAGGAGUCAAUCAGGAAAGAAGCCUGCUGGACUAUAUCUAACAUCACAGCAGGAAACAGAGCACAAAUACAGGCAGUCAUAGAUGCAAACAUUUUCCCGGUACUGAUAGAAAUCUUGCAGAAAGCAGAAUUCCGUACGAGGAAAGAGGCAGCAUGGGCAAUUACAAAUGCAACGUCAGGAGGAACUCCUGAACAGAUCAGAUACCUGGUAAACUUGGGUUGUAUCAAGCCUCUCUGUGACCUGCUGACUGUCAUGGACUCCAAGAUUGUUCAGGUGGCGCUGAAUGGCCUGGAGAACAUCCUGAGGCUUGGAGAGCAAGAAGCCAACCAGAGUGGGACAGGCAUCAACCCUUACUGUAGCUUGAUCGAAGAGGCAUACGGCUUGGAUAAGAUAGAGUUCCUGCAGAGCCAUGAGAACCAAGAGAUCUACCAGAAAGCCUUUGACCUGAUUGAGCACUAUUUUGGAGUAGAGGAUGACUCCACCCUAGCUCCCCAGGUCGAUGAGAACCAGCAGCAAUUCAUCUUCCAGCAAGCCGAAGCCCCCAUGGAAGGUUUCCAGCUAUAAUGUGCCUGGGGGGAAGAAAAAACACCACCACAAACUUGCCAGAAAGCAACUGGGAGCAGCUGAUUGUCCCAUUCCUCCUUGCUAAUGGAAGGCUGAACACCCACUCCACCUGUUAGGAAACAAUUCUUCCUUCAAACAACUAGAAACAGUGCUUUGUCCUCAUGGAAAGGAGGGGAUAUCUUGCACAUUUUUUCUUUUUGCUGCUGCAUACGUGUCUUUAAUGCAGGCAUCUGGGUGGAGGAAGAACACUGAGGUAACAGAUUGCACCUCUUGGGGUUUUUUCUUUGUGGUGAUCUCUCCCAAAUGUCACUUCUUACCUCGGGUACUUAAUUGAGAUUUCAGCAUUGGGUUGGGUAAGAACACAAAUAGAAAGUAAGCAUUCUGACAACAAUAAUUCUGGAAACCUGGGUUGAUCUAUUUAAUUUUUUGCACAUAUUACUCUUAUUAAAGACUCUAAUUUGCCAAGA